CUUCCACACACACCCAUUAUACUGCACAUCUCAUCACUUCAUCUUCUUCCUCUUUCUCUCUUCCCUCUGUUUUGUUUACUAGUCAGUAGCCUCCAUCCCCAGUCCCAGUCCCAGUAUAAUAGUAUAACUUUGAUUGAUGGUGGGCUCUUGUUUAACAUGAGUGGGCUAGCAUGGCCCAACCCAACUCUCUCUCUCUCUCUCUCUCUGGUAUUAAAAAUCGGGAGAGAGGGAGGGAAGCAGAGCAGAGCUAAAAGCAAAGUAAUAAUAAAUAAACGCCAUUUUCAUUCAUUUCAGAGAGAAACAGGAAUAACAAUGUAUAAAAAGAAGGAACCUUGUAGGAAUUUUCAGCGUGGCAGCUGCCAGUAUGGUGAUAGAUGCAAAUUUCUUCAUGUCACUCCUCAGCAACCCCCCAAAUCCAGCAAUAAUCCCUUUGGAUUUGGCAAUCAGCAAACACCCAAUAACAACAAUAAUAACUCUUUUGGAUUUGGCAAUCGACAGCAACAGCAAAGACCCAACAGUCCUUUUGGGCCUGCCUCUAAUAAUUCUGCUAAUAACAGACCUCAACAGUUCAAGCCUUUUGAGAAUAAAUGGUCCCGUGGUGCUUCUGCCCCUUCAUCGCGUCAACGACCUGACAGUCAGCCUGCCAAUCAUAAUUGCGCGGAUCCUGAUUCGUGUAAACGUCUCAUUGCUGAAGAUUUUGAGCAUGAGAGACCGCUUUGGAAGCUUACAUGCUAUGGUCAUUUGAGAGAUGGCCCUUGUGACAUUAUUGGUGAUGUUAGUUACGAAGAAUUGCGAGCUGCAGCAUAUGAUGAUUAUAAGCGUGGGUUGAGCUUGCAAUCAAUUGUUGAAAAGGAGAGAAAUUUACUCAAUUCAAAGUUGAUUGAGUUCAAUAACCUUCUCCAUAAUCCCAAUAUAGCUCCCUCAAAGCCUGCUCCUGCUGGUCAGAGUCCAUUCUUCGGAGCCACUGCCAAUGCAACUCCAGCUGCUGCUCAAAAUACUGCCCCUCCAUCAGUUUCCAGUUUUGGUCAACUGGGGACUUCUCUUAAUAUGAGGUCUGCUACACCAUCAAAUAAUGCCUUUGGGCAACCAAGCCAGCCUUUGACUGCAUUUGGAGUAAGCCCCUCCGCACCAUCAAACAAUGUCUUUGGGCAAUCAAAUCUUCCUUCAAAUUCUAGUCAGACUGUGAGUGCAUUUGGGACAAAUAAUUUUCUCUCUGCAAACACCUCAAAUUCUAGCCAGACUUCAAGUGCAUUUGGAACAACCAGUUUUCCAUCCAUAAAUGCCGGCCUGCUUGGCAGCCAACUUCCUAAUCAGGCACUUGGAAAUUCCUUCUCCCCCAAUAUAGCAGGCUUUGGCAACAGUGGUGUAAACAGCAUUCAAAAUAUUUCUUCUUCUCCAUUGUCAAUGCAAAACCCAUCAAUCCACCCUCUUAGCAUUUCCAACGGGUUCAAUUCAGCUUUUAAUGCAGCAGGGCAAGCUACUACAAAUGUUCAGCCAGUAACUAUGGUGCAAAGGGAGACUGUUUCUGGGGAUGCAAGCAUCUGGUUGAAGGAAAAAUGGAUUCCUGGAGAGAUUCCAGAAGAAGCACCUCCUGAAGAAUAUGUCUUUUAGAAAAUAUUUUGCUGUUGACCGACGAGCUGUAGAAGCGCCUUGCUGAUACUUGAACGAGAGGGAUGGAUAGCCAGUCUUUGACAACAAAAAAAAGAAGAGAAAAAAAAGGUGCAUUCUGCACCAGUUUUCCAACCUUUUUUUUUAAAAAAAGUAUUGCUGUAGGAACAUAUUUUUGGACAUAAAAGAAGGAAAUGUGAUUGUUGCCGGAAUUUGUGUUCUCGUAAAGAAAUGUGGUUUCACUGGCUGGGACAGCUGAAUCCUGGUAUAUAGAGCAAUGCAAGCGUUUACCAUGGUACUGGAUGCCUUCCCAAGAAGGGGCAUGUCUAAUAGAAUUAUGUUUUUUUUGGUGUAAAUCAAAAGGGUUAUUGCGGUCACGGACUCAAAAAUGCCUUUACAGCCAAUAAUAUUGAAUUUGUAAA